AUGUCGGAUAAGUACUACGUUUCAGUACCAGGGUCCUCAAGGGCACCUCCUGGGUUCUCACCCUUCAACCCAGCUCUUUUCAAGGAUGCUGUUGAGUGUUUGUGCGGCAUGUUCUACGGUGAUGUCGAGAACAUGGUAGUGAUGUUCCUACUUCACAACCAUAAUGUGGCUUAUCCCGACCAGCAGAUAGCAGAGGGAUUGAACCUGGCUGUUAAGCAAGUCCGAGGAGCUCUCGACGCCUCGCUCUGCCGUGACCACAUCGUGGAGAUGGAGAACCCUCAGGGUGAAUCCUCUCGGCAUGCUAAGCCUGGCAGCUCUAUGAACUGGUACCGACUCUCCCCGAACGUCAUCUGCGCUUCGAUAUACCGACUCCAACAAGUACGACGACAACUGCAGGAGCAGCUGGCUCGGUGGCAAAUGGCUGAGGAGUUCAACUGUGAUAAAUGCAAUCGGGUGUUUGACACCUUGAGGGCCAUCUCGCUGGUGGGCGCUGAUGGUCUAUUCCAUUGCGACAUAUGUGAUAGAGAGCUCACCGCUACUAAUAAUAAGGAUAAGAAAGCAGAAGUGGAGAGCCGGAUACUACGUGCCACGCAACAGCUGUCGGGCCUUGAACGGAGGUUGGAGCUAUGCAGGGGUAUGUACAUUCCCCGGCCUAUGGUCGUCAAGAAGACUAUGUUGGAGAAGAUACGGGCUGAGCGGGCCAAGGAGGAGGCGGCGAUGGAGAAUCACACCGGCCCUAGUGUUAGCAGUGGCGUUCAGGAGAUCUUCGGUAAUGCUGGAGAGUGGAAGCCCCAGGCUAUCGGCCCUUCGCCGAAUCAGUCUGCUGCUUUUGGAAAGACGGCAGUGGUAGCGCCGAGUUGGCUCAACACGGAGUCUACUACGACUAAGAUAGAAGUGGUGAACCACAAUAAGGAUCAAGUGAAGAAGCGACCAGCAGAGGACUCCUUCGAUAAGGAGGCGUUCGAACGUGUAAAGCGACAAGAGCUAGCUCGAGAGGCGGAGAAGCUGAAGCACUUCGAUGUGACGCGUCUACCGGGGGCUCAAGAGGUCAUGGCUCAGCGGUCUGUGAAGGCCGAGUUGAAGGCUGAGGAACCCUCUGGUGGUGACAAGCCUGACGUUAUGGUUACUGUUGCUGGAGUGAAGUAUAAGCUCUCUGUAGUGCGACAGAGGGACGACUUGCAGGAAAAGAUGACGGAUGAGGAGUAUGAGCGGUAUGACGAUGAAAAACUAACGAGGAGGAAUAUAGUGAUUAGUAAAUGCGCUAAUUCGAUAUAG